CUCGGUCUAAAUAUCUCAAAAGUCCAAUUGAUUUAUGAACAAAUGGCCCGUUAAUUUUAUAUGUCCACAAAUGCCCCCUCGAGACUUGCUUGGAUGUAUCGACUCUAUCAUCACGACAAGUGAGUCUCGAAAAUAAUUCCGGAUUCUUGACAUAAUAUUUGGAGUAUAUUGAAAGCUCGAAAGAAGGGGAUUUCUAGAAAAAUGAUUGGCCCAAAAUCAUUAAUCCACUCACAAUCCAAUUUCUUCAUUACCAAAUAUUCCUACUUGCUCAAAGAGAAAUCAAAUUCUACAGAGUAAUACUUCGUAGUUGAGAGGAGUCCGAAUCCAAAAAAAUCUCAUCAUCAUCCCACUCAGUCCAACUUAUAUUCAAUAUACGUAGGAAUACUACGCGAUUGAAUCCUCCUUCAACUCAAAAUAAUAAUGAUCGAACUUCUAUCAGGACUUGAAUUCUAUAGCACAUAAAUCGGAUCACAGUUUUAUUUACUUAGAAGCUUCAGAAGAAGAAAUCGGCUCGGCCAAAGCAAAUCAAAAGUCCAAAAUGGUAUACUUUAGAGACGUAAUGCGUGGAGGCAAAAAGUAUCUCUCUGUAUCAAAGAAGAAGAAUGGCGAAGAAAUCCUUCUGGAGAUUUUUAGGCCAUUUGCUCGCGAGUUUUGGGGUGCGACUGUUGUGUCUUACCGGGUUGCAGACUGGACUCCCGAGUGCAAGUAUCAAGAUCAAACUAUGCGGACUUUAGUGUCUGACUUCCUUCAUAAGCCAUCUUCCGAGAUUCUCCCUUCUUUGGGUAGACGAAUCCUUGAUGCAAAUGCCCCUUUAAUAAAGACCUUAUUAUUCGGCGGCGAAUUUAGAUUCAUCAAAGGCUACUGGGAAUGGGCCGAGGACAUUUUAAGCUUGAGUAAAAGUGUUUUGGAGAAGGGGCUUAUAUAUGAUGCUGUUUAUGCUUCCUUGUUCACAUAUGAUCGGUGUACGAAUGCUAUGCAAGCCUUUUGUGAAGCGUGGUGCCCUAUGGUGAAUACAUUACUUACGUCGAUCGGCGAACUGACGAUCACACUUUGGGACUUGCAUGUUAUUGGGGGGUUGCCAAUCAUUGGGGAUGCAUAUGAUGAGUUUAUUACGAGCACCUUCGAUUUGUUAAAUACAGAUGUUGACCGCCCUUUUCAACUUUGCAAAUACCUAUUUGAUGCAUAUCAUCAUCUUUUUCCAACGGUGGGAGACAAACGUGCUCUGCGUGUCCAUGUGUGGGUCAAAUUUUGGUUUAAGAAGGCUUCUAAGUACGUUAUGCCUCCGCAGAGAACAGAAAAGAAGAGAUCAUCCCGUGCUAAGGCAACCUAUAAUCCUAGCGGAGCAAUUCCAAAGUUUAGCGGGUGGUCGAAUUCUAUGAAGGUGUCGUUCCAAGCACUCAAGGUUCCUGCUGAAUAUGAGGAAGAGAUAUACUUAGCGGCAUUCCUAUCAUGUUGGCUUUGCGCCUUUGUAUUGCCCCAUGAAGGUCCAAGGAUCAUUCGUCCGGAAACCUUUAAAGUUGCUUCCAUGAUGGCUUGCGGGAGGAAAAUAUGUCUUGUUGUUCCAGUUCUUGCUAGUAUUUAUCACGGACUUAAUCAAAUUUCAAAUGCUCCAUUCCCUGAUAAAGUUAGAACGUGUUUUCCUGUUCACUAUGUCUACGGAUGGUUGGCCACAUACUUUGACACUCAUUUCAAGAAUGAUAUUCAGUCCACGACCCCAUUGAUGAAGGUGGAAGGUGGAGCACGGUCCCUUGAGAAAACAAGGGCGCGUAGGAGGAUUUUCCAGGGAGAUGUAUCUGCGUGGAUAUGUUCUACACAUCGAAGGAUCAAGGACCAUGCAUUCUUUGAUGACGAGAAUUCUUCCGAGACUGACUUAGCAUUCUUCAGAUGUCUUUGUUCUAAUUUUCUCGUAUUACGCUACCAAGACCGUUGCAUUGCUGAGCUUUACACUCCUCAUCGCUUUAGUCGACAGUUUGGGUACUUCCAAGCUUAUGCACCAGGUUGGCCUGAGAGGCGUGAUCGUCGUGUUUCUCUUUCUUCUGGAUUUCAGCUUUGGCAACAGUUUGCGCAUGGUAUGUCACGGGCUGGAGCGGUGUUUCCGACCCCUCCUACUAUGCCAGCGAAAUUUUAUUCCUUGCAAUAUAAAGAAUGGUGGGGUCAAGUCCAUGGAAGUUUUCUGGAAAAUCAUGUGAGUGAUUUGAUCAGGAUUUACGAUCUUGCUAUUGGCAAUGUGGUUACCCCUUCGGAUCCCGUGACUCCAGUCUCCAAGAAGAAGAAAAAAGUACCCGAUACUGAAGCUAAGUCUUCGCCUCAGAAAAGGGCCAAGCUUGUAGCACCUAGGGCUGAGAUUCUGAUCAAGGAUGCUGAGAAAGAAACACCUCCUGCCAAGGCGAGUGAGAAUCAAGUUCUUGAGAAGCAAAGUAAUGAUGAUAGGAAUUGGAAGCACCUUCAGAGAAAACCUCAUCAUGGGCCAUUGAGGAUUCAUCCAAUCCUUGAUGACGCUAGUUCUUCAAAUCAUGACGAUCAUGACACCGUUGCGGGGUUGAUGGCAAAAAUUGCCCCAAGUAAUUGCAAAGAAGUUCCAACCAACGAGAUACCGAAGUCCCCUCAUGUGAAACCGGCUGUAUCCGUUUUUCAAGUAGAGAAGUACUUCUUUCCUUUGUAUAAGCGGUUCCUCAUUGACACUUGGUGCGGUAUUCAGGAGAAGUUAGGAAAGGCUACAACAGAGAACGUCUCUUCUUUUCGGGAAAGUGUGGAGAGUUGUGUUAUCUUGAUGGACAAGGAAGGCAUUGACCUUUCCAUGUUGACGACAAGGGUGAAGCAUUUCUUUGAAAGGGCGCAAGCAUUUGAUCAGAAGUGUUCUCCUAUUGCUGACAGGGUCCCCACGGAGAGGCAAUCUCGGGAAUUAGAUAUGUUGCAAGCUUUUUGUGCAGAUAUUGAAGCUAAGAGAUCUCAAAAUCAGGUCGCAUUACUUGAUGAUGAGAAAUCUCUUAAUGAAAUCAAGAAGAAGAUAGCCUUAUUGGAAGCUGAAGCUAAGGAAGUAGAAGCUUUGAUUUUACAGCAUCAUGCAGAAGCUAGCGACUUAGAUGCAGCUCUUACAAAGGCCAAGGAGGAAUCUUCACAGAUUUUGAAGACUAUCAAAGCAUCAGACGAAGAUCAGCUUGCUUUAAGUACCCAGAAGAAGGAGCUAGAGGCUUUGAAGGAUGACUUAGUCAGCUUUAAAUUAUUUUUAGGCUGAGUUUUGAUGGAGUAUUAGUUCUAGAGAGAAGUGAGAGCUAGAGAGAGAAAGUGAGUAAUUAUAUUUCUCAACUUGGAACCCCCCAUAAUUAGCCCCUUGGGGUCUAUUUAUAGGUAAAAAUGUGGAUUUGGGCCCCUAGCCUUGGGCUUAGGAGGCCCAUUACAAUAAUCAUGCCUUCUUUGGGUGAAUAAGGCCACUAAUGGGCUGAGUACAACACUUAGUACAAAAGAUAGGAAAAUACAUUCUGCCUGGACGAAGUCCGGACGAUGCGGUCCAUGGACGAUGCGGUCCAUGGACGACGCGGUCCAUGGACGACGCGGUCCAUGGACGAUGCGGUCCAUAGAAAUCAGGCGACAUCCUCUCUCUUGGACGCUACGUGCCUCUGGACGAUGCGGGUGUCCCACUGGUGUCUUUUGGGCCGUGAGUAUGUGGGCCAUGGGGUCCAGGCCCAUAUACUCUAUCAGGAGUCCCCCACUCUCUGAGCUGAGGUGAAACCGAAGCGAAAGGGAGUACUUGUUCCUUUCUGGUUGGCCGUUGCGUGAGUCUAAGGCGUUUGAUGGCCGAAGAGUUCCUGCUUCGAUUUUGGAUGAAGCGGUUCCCUUAUUUGAUGUAGAUGAAGCGUGCUUGGGAACUCAUAGCCUUGAUGCGGGCCGAUGCACACUCUGUGGAAGUGCCUUUGAAGACGAGGCGAUGCGCUUUCUUUUUUGUAGAUGUGAUGAAUUUUGGUGUGGACAAGUUGGCAUGCUUUUAUUGUCAUCUUGUUGUGGUUGAAGAGCUCCCAUCUAUCCUUUUGGCCGUAGCGGAGACCUAUUUUCAUGAGAUGAAGAUGGUUGAUUCUGUUUAUGUAGACGAUGUGAUGCGUGCCUUUGAUUUGCCAUGUAGCCGAAGCGUCUGCUUUGUGGGUUCUUGCUUUGGUGAGCCGACGCAGUCCCCCAGUGUACGUAGUCAUUGCGCGCUAGAUUUUGCAUUCUGGGUUUUUUGGGCGCUGUCGGCCGACGCGACUCGCAAUGCUCUUGAGGCAGCUGAUGCGACUCUUCAUGCUUAUUUGAGGUGAAUUGUCCAUUUUUUGUUGUUGGUGAGUCGUAGCACACCCUUUUGUAUUAGGGCCGUUGCGCUUCCUUUUCUUGUGGCCGAUACAGUCCCCCAGUCCCCCACUCCUUUGGCCGAAGUGUAUCUGAGGCACAAGGGAGUAAUGAGCCGAUUCGGUUCCUAUGCGUUAGUCGUGAUUCCAACCCUUAGGCGAACCUGUCCAAGGUAACCCUGUGGGAGAACCCUUGGACGAAGGCCGCAAUGCCGGGGUUAUCAUCAACGAUGCGCGCACAAGCAGCCGUAGCGGGUUAUUAAGGUUCUUUGGGUCGUUGUGAGGACGUAGAGUUUAGGCCGAUACGCUCCCUUUUAUCGGAAGUAUGGGCCGAUGCCUGCUUUGGGGCUUUGUAGUAAUUGGGCCGUAGCGGUAUUCAGCCGAUGCCUUGCUCUUUGUAAGUUUGAGUUGGGCCGUAGCGGGUGGCUCUAGGGUGGAAUGCGAAAGGUCAAGCCGUUGUGGGAGGCGGCCAUUGUGGUGGCCAAUCGGAUUGUGCCACGUGUAGUAACCGUUGGUGAGUGUCUAUAAAUACCCCCCUACUCCGAAGCCAUUCCCUCAUUUGCGUUUCUCCAAGUCGAAUUGCUGCUGAGAUUUCUAGAGAGAGAAGUGCUUCCCAGUACUCUGAAGUGUUCAUCGCAUUCUUCAAAACCUCAAGGUUAGGUUCUUUUAUGUUUCUUCGUUUUUCGUUAUACUUUGCUUCCUAGGGGGUUAGAUCUAGUGUUUGUAGGAAAACCACUUUGAUCCGAAAAAACCACCCUUAGGAAUAGUCUUAGGUGUUAUGCCGUUCCCUGACGGCCGUAGCGUCCCUUCCCCUAUUGAUUUGACAGCCUCUCUGGACGAAUCGGACUGGCCUUUUGACGAGGACGACACGUCUCCCCAAGUGGAUUUGAACAUCGUGGCAGCUUUUGAGAUUGAGAUGGAGAACACUGCGGACUAUCGUACUUCAGUGGACGAGGAGCGUUUGAGUGAUGACGCGGGUUCUCAACAUUCAGGUGAGGACGAAGCGAGUUCUGAGCCUAAGCUUCGAGAAGGCGACGCGGGUGAUGCUUCAUCGGCCGCCAUCCCCUGUCCUCCACCUAUUUCUUUUGUGCCAGGUGGGGCGUCGUCCUCAAGGGCAGUGAAGAGACGCUCAUCGCGUCGGCGGCGAGGGGUAUCCAGCGGGCGUUCGCAAUUGGACCUAACGAAUCUCUUCAUCAUAAGGCCGGAGAGCACCCAAAGUGAAUACCAAGUGGCGCAGUUGUACGUAGGCCCCUAUGGGAAGGUGAGGGCGCCGAGGCCGACAGACCACGUCCUGAACCCACCCCCUGGAUAUUUUGGUGUUUAUCCGAUGAGCUUUUCUCAUGGUUUGAGAUUUCCUCUUCCCCCUUUUGUUGUGGAGUACCUGGGCAUGAUAGACCUCCCACCGGCUUUGUUGACUCCGAAUAGCUAUUCCCUCAUCGUUGGGUUCCUUAUCCGAUGCGAUGAGCUUGGGAUAGAGCCGACGACGGCGUUGUUCACAAACUUAUACCGGAUCGGCCGGGGCAGCCACGAGAACUGUGCUGGAUAUGCGGCCCUCCAGCAGUUGCCGAAGAAGAGAUCCUUUACUGACCUCCCAUCGUCCAUUCAUGGGUGGAAGAGUAAGUUUUGUUUUGUGAAGCUGGCUGAUGGGGUGUUCUUCCCCUCCCAAGGGCACAACGGCAUUUUUAAUUUGCACGUCCCACCGAAGAGCCCUGAGAUUGAUGCUCAAGUGGAGGCGUUCCUGAAGGGUGGGCCGCGGAGCGUCAACACUUACAUCACCGAAUUCAAGAUAGCGGCCCUUGGGAUGAUGCGAUACUACAUACCGGGCGACCCCGAUUGUGGAUUAUGGCCGAAGAUGUCUGGCUAUUUUGAGCAGGCCGAUGGGCCAUACUUUGGGAUCCCGGCCGAGGCCGAAGACUUCACCAUGAGCCGUAAGUUGUUCAUGACCCAGGCUAAGAAGAUGGUGGACAAGGAAAUGCAGGCUGCUCAGCGGGCCGAGGCGUCUAAGGCUUCAGGUGACGGCUCCAAAGGUCAAGCCGAUGCGACCAAGAAGGUGGUGGUGAAGCGAAAGAAGAAACCUGAGGAAGGCCAGCGCACUUUGGACGAGACGGGUCUGGUGCCCGGCCAGUCUGCAAAGAAGACGAAGCAAGUACCUCGUCAAGGUGAUGCCACUGCGGCUUCCGAACAGGCCGCAACUCAAGAAGAGCAUGUCUCUGAAGUCCAGGUUAUUGAGGACUUGACGCUUGAGGCGCCUUCGUCGGCCCUAGUUCCCACUAAAUCUGGCGCUGUCGCCAAGGGAAGUACUCGCUCCGGCCGGGAUUUGGCUACCGGUCUUCGUGAGGUGACGGUGCGAUACCCGAAGGGGGGCGGGUUAUUUAAUGAGAAGGUGUCAGGCCAUGACGUCCUCUUCCAGGCUAUCCCUGAUGCUGACCGGGAGUACCUCCGCCGGCAAGGCAAGGAAGUGCGCCUCUUUGAUGGCGGGUUGGACUUUGUCGUCCAAGGUGCCUUCAUGCUGAUGGAGCAGCAGCGUCGGCAAGAAGAAGAGCUUGCUCGCCUGAGGGAGGCUGAGAAAAAGGUUGCCUCCGCUGACGAGGCGUUGACCGCCCUAGAGCGUCUCCGAGACGAGGCCAGCUCGCUCAAGGCAAAAGCCGAUGCGGCUGAAAAAAGGGCCGCUGAGGCCGAAGACGAGGCGAGGCGUCUCCAGCUGAAGUUAGAUGAAGAGGCCGAUGCCCGUCGGCUGGCUGAAGAGAGAGCCGAGGAGGCUAUGAGGCUCAAGGCUCAUGCUGAAGAGGCGGCUGAUAAAGCCGUUGAGCUCUUUAUGGCUGAGGGGUGGAAGGACGACGCCCGUCAUGACUUCUGUUUCAAGGUUGUGGCCGAUCGCUUCCAGGCUUGGUCACAAGAAGAUCCGGCCGGCCAGGCUUUUUGGAAGCAAGAGAUGGAGGUCUUUUAUGACCUAGGACAGCGGCGCAUGCAGAUGCUGGUCUACCGGAGGCUUCGUCGGCGUGUAAAGAAUCUGAAGCCGCAAGGGAUCGGCCUUCCUCGUCUGAUGAACGACCCUGAGGAAGAGUUGAAGCUUCCUCUGGCCGAAAGGCAGCGUCCUAUUCUGAGCUCUGAUGAGGAGAAGGAGCCCUGGACUGAAAGUGAUGACUACCUUUUCAGGAGUUCGGCCAAGUCGAAAACCGCUGAUGAUGUCGAGGACGAUGCCGACAGUGGGGCCAUUAAGGGUGGCCAAGGACAAGCGGUUUAGUGUUUCCUUGUACCUAGUUUUCUUUUUUCAUUUGUAGUAGUAGUCUCAAUGGCCGAAGCGCCCUGAUGUAUGUAAUGGCCGAAGCGCCCCAGUCUUUAAUCAUUAAUGAUAACACCUUUUUGUUCAAGUAUGAAUGUCUUGUCGC